GCAAAAAGAAAAAAAACUCCAGGCCUUUGUUUCUUAAUCGCGAUAUCGUGAUUAAACGGCUACACCACAGACAGCAGAGCAGAAAAGAUAGCCCAAUGGUUCUCCUCAAGGACAUCUUUGAGGAGACUCCUGACAAGGAUCGUUUCGUCGGUGAUGUGAUGUUCUGGAAGUUUUUCGAGGAUAUUGACGCGAACCGAAUUUACCACACAAACUCGGUGGAGUACAGGAACUUGAAAGUCAUGUUUUUCGAGACACUCUUUUAUCUGGUCUUGUUGGCAUCAGUGACAUUGUAUGCGUACAACUUGCAGUCGCAGGACGUGUUUGAAAGUCGAAUCGAACAGCUCGACUACUGGAGGGGUUGCGACACAGACGGCAACUGCCGGAUCCAGAAGGUGGAAAACAUUCACAGCUUCUGGUCCUGGAUGCAGGAGGAGCUUUUACCGCUGGCAUACACCGACGACGUUGGCGCUCCCAUUGUGGCCCAAAUUGACACGGUUUUUCCGAACAGCAACUUUCCGCUGAAGUGGAGCCCACGCUAUCUGAGCGACACACGGAGCACCGUCCUUUUAGGCGCCUUGCGUAUGCGACAGCUGCGAGUGCAACCCAACACUGGCUGCAGUGUGACAGCCCUUGUGAAGCACGUCUACCCAGACUGCUACUCAACAUACGAUGAGACGCGAGAGAGUCAAGCAGCCUAUGACCCGCGGUUUGCACCAACGUAUCUCAUCAAGGCUUAUCAGUGGCGAACGGCUGAAGAGACACAGCAGAUUGCAAUCCGGGGGGGCGCCGCCACAUACUCAGGCUCCGGCUUCUUCAUUGACCUCCCCGCCAACAAGUCGCAUGCACUGAGCAUGCUCAGCGAUCUGCAGACAUGGCGUUGGUGUGACAAACUCACGCGAGCGGUCUCCAUUGAGUUGACGACGAUGAGUACGAACGUGAACGUUAUAGUGAACACAGUGAUUUUGUUCGAGUUCACCCCCAACGGAGCUGUGACCGGAACGGUGAGCAGCACCGCCAUGCGAACAUUCUUCUUCACGCCUUCGCUUCAGGGUUCCAAUCUGGUGGCAUUCCUGCUUAUGAUAUGGCUUGGCUUGGUCUUCCUGAUCUUCACGAUUUAUUCCUUCUGGUUGAUGUACAAGACUUGCUUCAACUUCUUAGGGCAGAAUCCGCUUGGCUACCUUCAGCGUUCGGGAUGGGCUGCCCGGCUUGCCUUUCCUUUCCGGACCUUUUAUCAGUUCUUCCGCUACGGCUGGAACUGCGCAGACAUGGUAAUCCUGGGAUCGUUCUAUGUGCAUUUGAGCUACCGCAUUGGCGCUUAUGUAGCAGUCAGCAACAGCUCCUCGUUGCAGCCGGAUGUUGUGGGCCAUCCGGAGAUCUUCAUGCCUUUUGGGCAGCUGAUGGAGCCUUUGGUGCUGGGCAACAACCUCCUCGCGCUGCUGUCAAUCACGUGCUGGGUGAAAUUGUUCAAGUACCUUUGCAUGAGCAGCUACUUUCGCUUGCUGGUGCGCAUCCUGGAGGCUUGCGCGCACAGGCUGAUCAUCUUUGCGGCUUUGCUUCUGGUGGUUUUCUUUGGAUUUGCGGUGGCUUUUUCGCUUGGCCUGGGCACAAGUGACAAGAACUUUGUGACUAUUCCUGGCUCGUUUCUGGUCCUCUUUUUUCUCCUGAUCGAUGGCUACUCCAUAGAUGUUGAAUGGUUCCGUCCAGGGAAGGACCAAGUGGUGACUCUGAUUUUUUUGGGCUACAUUGCAUUGAUUUAUUUCGUGCUUCUGAACAUCUUUGUGGCCAUUGUCCUAGACACGUUCUCCUUGGCCUCCAGACUCUAUGCGGUGGAGGCGAACAAAAAAAAUCCCAUGAUAGUAUUCCUGCACACGUACUACAAUUGGAUGAAGGGGCAAUCGCUCGUGAAAGACGAAGCAGAGGAGCACAUGAAUCCCAAGGAUCUCUCCAUCACCCUGGAGCUAUUGCCCGGCCUUGUGCGGCGAAAGUGGGUGGAGAAAAAGCGCAGGAUGCAGUUCGUUGCAGACCAGAACUUUGCUGGCAUGGAUCUUUUUCCGGAGGAUGUCGAUAGGUCGUUGUCAAAGAAGUCAGACAACAUCGUCACUGAUUGGAUGUUGCCCAGCACGCAAUCAGAUGUGUUCGACCAGAUGACAGCUCCGACUGAGCACAAGCCUCUGGCGCUGUAUGACAUACCUCCCAGCGUGAUGAAGCAGGACAUCAGCCGGGCACAGCUGCAAAGGUUGAUGGAUGAGGAUUCCACAAUUCCGCUCCUACUUGGCAGCAAGCGCGCGGUAGAUGUGAUCCGCAAAUUCAAGUCGGAAGAGCGGGAGGAGGCUGGCAAUCCCAUCAGCGCUGUCAAAGCCAUGCAGGGGACCAUCUUUGCCCGCAUUGACAAGCUGGAGCGUGUCAAGCUGGAUGACGAUGUUCCGGAGGUGCCUGAGAUCACGCAAGUCGCAGAGCAAAUGAGCGGCGCCAUCCUGGACCUCAGGAAUCAGUUUAGGGUGCAGCUGACGGGCGUGAUUGAGUGCACGGCUGUCCUCUUUGAGCACCUGGUGGAGCUGACGCAGGGCCUUGAUGAGGUGCGGCAGAACAGCGAUGGAGUGCUCCAGCUGGUCCGCAACAACAAGUUCCAGGAAGCUGGCCUCGGCUACUGA